AUGGCCACCGCUUCCCUUGUGGCUAACGCGCAUCCCGGCAAUCCCGCGCCUGCAACGAUUCUACACUCCUCCACGACAAUCUCGUCAAACUCCAAAUCCUCAAAACCACCUCAAACACGUAAUCUUGUUCCCGUGACGCUUGUUGACGCCGACUUGCUGCAUGCAACCGACACCGAUUCGGCUACACCACCAUCUCGCCCACGAAUACAAACAUGGAUCAACUUGCGGCUGAAAUUGCUUCAAACACGGGUCAACGGACGCCUUUCUCUCUGGUACCUCCGCCUCCCUCAAUGCAUGCGUCGGCGGCUCGACAAACGGCGUGCGGCCAAAUGGGCGGAUCACGACAUGUCCGUAUGGAAUGAUACUACUGAAUCAUCCAAUGAUUAUUGGGCCAACUUGGGAACGCCUCACCAACUCUCCGACACGACGGCGCCUGCGCCUACAAACGCUGACGGACCUCCUGCUUCGCUACCGAUUCGAUCGCAUAGAAUGGGCUCAUUCAUGGGUGGUGGUCUCGCUGGUAAUGGCUUAGCGCCUCCUCCGCAUGCAUUCGACGAGCACUACAAGGCCUACUCGGUCGCAAUGUUCCCUCGCGCAGAGCGAGAGAAUGUCAGCUAUGGAGGAAAGAUCUUGAUGCCACCAUCUGCUCUAGCACGCUUGUCUCAACUCAACUUUCCGUCUCCAUGGAUGUUCCAACUACGCAAUCCUAAGAACGCUGCAGCAAGCACUCACGCGGGUGUUUUGGAAUUUAUCGCCGACGAAGGAUGCGUCUUCCUUCCUCAUUGGAUGAUGAAGACUUUGAAGCUCAAUGAGGCUGAUCCGAUUCGGAUCACUGGCGCGUCGUUACCGAAAGGAAAGUUUGUCAAGCUACAGGCUCAAGAAACGUCCUUUGUGGAGGUUUCGGAUCCGAAAGCUCAUUAUAUUCGGGCUAUUGGUUAUGGAGACACGAACGACAAGUCAAAGUGGGCCCGCAUCAUCGCGAUCUGCCACUCCAGCACCGGUCCUGGUAUAGCUGUCUUUGAUACCGAUCUAGAGGUCGAUUUUGCGACUCCAAAGGGCUGGAAAGAGCCGGUGAGAGCACCGCCAAAACCAAUCGAGACAAUGGCAACUCGUCUCGGUUUGGACGGAGGCAAGACUGCAUCUGGCAAGUCGACACCUUCUGGUUCACGUCCAGGCAGUAGCCUGGGUGCCGUUGUUGAUGACGAUGCGUUUGAGGCAUUCAAGGGUCGAGGAGAAACGCUCAAUGGACGCAAGACGAAGGGUAAAGGAGUGAGAACUGGAGGACGAAAGAUUACAGAAGUUGACGCCUCGUCCAAAAUCGAGCGAACUGACAAACCCAAACUCAUCACGUCUUCAAUGCUCGACAUGGCCUCUUCAGCUACUGCAACCGAUGCACAACCACUCAACCUCGAAUUCGGCCAGCUCUUUUUCGGAUACCCAGUCGUCCCAUAUAAGCCACCAGCGCAGACGCAGAAGGAAAAGACAGAAGGCGAACCUUCGACAUCUGGUAUCGGGCUCUCAGUCUUGGACUCGUUACGAGGCGGGAACACGCUCAGUGGACGACCGACGCCGCGGAGCUCUACGCCCGCUCCAACUGGAUCUGAACGAGGAGGCGCAGCGACGCCAGAUGUACCCGGAACGACGGCGGGAGCGGGGUAUGCGUGGGGCGCUGGUGGGCAUGCGUUGGGGAGCGUUCGGAUUGGGAGUAGUGCGAGUGCCAGCAAAGCUGGGAGCGCGCGUGGAGACGGGGAGAAGAAGAAGAAAAGGAAAAAGCCCGAGUCGAUUGAUGUCGAUUGA